CCCCUCCGCUGCGAAGUCCUCCCUCGCUUUUCGCUCAACGAAUUCUCUGCUACUGAUGUCACCUAGGAGGUUCCUGCUAGUUUGAAUAAUCGGUUCGGUCUGGGGAUUUUUGGGGUAUUCUGAAGACCAGCGCGGUUCUGCUACUCAGGGGCUAACAUUUAGGAGUACUAUAAAGUAAAAUUGAACACGAAAGAGGCGGAUUUAUGAACGAGGUGACGCUGUGGAUGCGACCGAUAUGAAGAGGAUCCAUACAAAACUUUCCUGAUUUCAGCUUUUAAAUUUCAGCCACACGCAGGAAAAUGCAAUGGUUUAAAAUAAUCUACUCGAAUAUUUUUAUUUGGUUUCAUCAUUGCACUGCUAAAGAUUCAGCCCUGCCACUGCAAGGACGGAACAUAUCGUGUGAUGAUGAAUCUUAUUACGAAUAUGUGCCUGACCGCCUGCAAUGGCACGAUGCCCGGCAAGUCUGCCAGAAAAAGUCUGGAGCCCUGGCCACAGUAUCCAGUGCAUUUGAGAACAUGGAGCUGAUAAACUUUUUUCAUUCAUUAAACAUAACACAGCAGGUCUGGAUAGAAGGGAUGGUUUUGACUCCCAAAAAAGAUGCUUUUGGAUCCUUAAUUCUGCAGUUCUCUGGCAAAAGUAACCGGAAGCAUGCUCGUCUCCUUCAGCAGUUCCCCGGCAUGCAAUCUGUGACUGUCUGUGUUCAUAUUCAAUUUGAUCCGAGUUGUUAUGGAUUUUCCACUGUGUUCUCUUAUUCCAUACCAUCGUUUAUAAAUGAGUUCCAGCUCCGAGCCAACGUAGUCCGUGGGAAACCCAUUCAGCUCGCUCUGAUGGUACACGGCCUACACGGGCCUUACUCGGUGGCCUCUGCCAACGACGGUCUGUGGCACUUUGUGUGCGUGAGCUGGACUCGGGACAAAGGCGAGUGGGUCGUUGCUGUCGAUGGGCUAGUUGUAGGCCAGGGGGACAACCUCAACUCCUCUGCUGACAUCGGCCGGGAUGGCCAGUUCAUUAUCGGUCAGGAGCAGGACACAUUUGGCGGCUCCUUCAGGAGUGACGAAUCCUUCUCAGGAAACAUUACAUGGCUCAACAUUUGGGACCGGGUGUUGAACAUCAGUGAAAUCCACGCUUUGGAAAGAGAGUGCUCACUGAUUUUGCCUGGAUUGUUUUAUAAGUGGGACUCCUCAACCCUAGAGAUUGAACGAUCCCUGAGGAGACACUGGGGAAUCCCCCCCUGUCGAGGGAAGAAAAGUGAACAACACAGCCAAGACUUAUACUUUUUAACAUCAUAUCACAACUUCACCUCAGUGCAGAAUUUUGUACCAAAACGUGGAGAAUGUGUGACCUUUGACCCUAUGAGUGGCAGCUGGGACUUGGAUUUUUGUGUGGAAACAAAAGGAGCAGUCUGUCAAUUUGACAAAGAUUCUUCAGAAAAUCAGCAACGUAUAUUCAAUUUUCCCAAGACUCCCCUUUUUAAUGAAGUGAGCAACGACCCUUUGGCCAGAGCUGUGAUGGAGGAGGAACAUUUCAAUGUGACACCAGAAAAUUACUUUAAUAUAUUGAGUAAAUUUGGAAAAUUCCUGCUGGGGGCUCUGGAGGUGAACCCAGGCAUGGUUACGCCAGUCGAUAUGCUCUACCUAGCCCAGGUGAUAGAGCUGGCCGCUGAAGCAGAGGUCUCUGCCAAUGGUAACACCUCUGAAGCCAUGUUGUCUUUUGCUACCAACUACCUGAAACUGGCCAGCGAGUUAAUUGACCCCAAGAUGUCUGCCCGAUGGCUGGACUUGGCUGAGGAGGGGGUGGCUAUUGGGCCUUUCAAUGUGGUUGAAAGCAUCGACAAAUUGACUGGGGCUCUGGCAGAUGCUCUGUCUGCGGAAGGAAAAAGCUUUACGCUUUCAACAAAAAACAUAGAUGUGCAUUUGGAACCCAGGCAGCUUUCCCAGCCGAGCUGCAGCUGCUCAUACAAACCGUCUACAUUUGGGGGCCAUGCCAACAGCCAGGAUGAGAUCCUUGUCCCAGACACAGAGGUGUCCCGGCUACAGUCGCUGGGUUAUAAGGAGGUCAUGUUUAUCCAUGUGUACUAUAGUCACCUUGUGGAAGUCCAGUCAAAGGUGCACAGAAAACCUUCAGAGGUUUACAACGAAGACAGAAGUUUGCAUACAGGUAGACUUGCUACUGCCGUUAUAUCAGCUACAGUCAGAGAUUUCUCCAGGAGCCAGAAUAUUCCGGUUGCUGUUCAUUACACCUUAUCCUCUUCUGACAUGGUGGAGUACUCUUGGCUCGUUAAGCCUGUUUGCGUGUUUUGGAACUUCAGCCUGAUGACUGAAGAUCAAGAUGGCUGGUCAAGUGAAGGCUGUCAAGUGACAUAUUCUGGAUCUAUGGUCACGUCCUGCUUUUGCAACCACACAACCAACUUUGCAGUUCUCAUGAAUUAUAUGGGAUCCAAGUGGAGCCCCGAGGAGCAGAGUGUUUUGACUAAGCUGACGUUCAUCGGGUCCGGAGCCUCGCUCUGCGCGCUGGUGGUGACCUUGAUGCUGUUUACUGUGCUGGACAUUCCCAAGUCUGACCGGAUGUCAAUCCAUAAGAAUCUGUUUGCCGCUCUGACAGCUGCCCAGAUAGUGCUCCUCUGCAGUGGAGCAGCGGUUGGCAAUAAGGUGGCCUGCACACUAGUGGCAGCGCUCCUGCACCUUUUCUUCAUGGCUGCGUUCAGCUGGAUGUUGGUGGAGGGCCUGCUGCUUUGGAGCAAAGUGGUGACGGUUAACCUGAGUGAAGAAAGACACAUGAAGUACUACUAUCUGAUUGGCUGGGGCCUUCCAAUUCUGAUAGUCACAAUCACUCUGGCCUCGGCCUCGGGAAAGUACUCUGCGGACGGCCACUGCUGGCUGAGUGUGCACAAUAAUGGGGUCAUCUGGGGCUUCGUGGGCCCGGUCAUCUUCAUCAUGAUGGUCAACAUCAUGGUCCUCACGCGGGUGGUCAUCAUCACCAUAUCGAUGGCUAAGAGGCGGUCCAUAAUGCUGGCGGUCAACAGCAGUCCGAUGGAGCAGGCUUACGAACAUAUACGAUCGGCGGUGAAGGCGGUGUUGGUGUUGUUGCCGAUCCUGGGUCUCACCUGGCUCUGUGGAGUGCUUGUGCCCUUCUCUAUAGUGAUUGCCUACAUCUUUAUUCUCCUGAACUCCCUGCAGGGUCUCUUCAUCUUCCUGAUAUAUGGGGUGUACAACACAGAGGUCCGAAGCACAAUCAAUAGAAUCAAAGAAAGGAGGAGAGCUCUGAACUUUUCGAAUUGCGCCAGCUCCAGGCCCUCCAGCUCGAUGACCAGCUCCCGGCCCGCCAGCUCGCCGGUGCCUGGGCUCCAGUCCCACAGCCAGGAGGAGGGGGGGUACAGGACCUCCACGAGCCACCUCAGCUCCUUCUCCGCCCCCCUGGACAAGGCCACCGUGCUCUGCGAGAGCUCCACGCAAGCCGUCCAAAGGCAGCUGUCAAUCCCCAGUGCUAGUGGAAGUCAGGAGGAUGAGGGUCCCAGCCCUGCCACUCUUGAUUUGGCUCCGAAAGAGAGCACACUUUCCAAAACCGUGGAUGGCACACAAGGUGGAUGUAAUCUUCACGUGCCUAUGGAGGUGGAGUUCAUAUCCUGUUUCCCCCUAAGCUCUAAGCCUUCGAAUGCCUGUGGUGGCUUAUAUUUGGACUAAGGACUUGCUGUGUGGAACUUGUAACUGUUCCUUGAAACUAAUUUCAGUGAUGUCCCGUGUCUCUGUUUUUGAAUCAUAUUUUAGCGAUGACCGCAUCAUAAUCUCAUGAUGUUUUUUUUAAAGACCCCUUGUCUCUUGUUCUGUUUUAAUGACAAAUGUUUUACAAUAACUAUGUAAGCAAUCUAUACAGAAUAAUUUCCUUAUAUAUGAGUAAAAUUUAUAUGUGUAAAAAAUGUGUUAACUAUAAAUGUAAGAUUGCACAGCUUAAAUGUUGAGACUGUUUUUGCUUUUAAAUUAUAUGCUUGCAUAAAAAAUGUAAUGUUUAUUUACAUUAAAGAAAUACAUUUUUAUUGAAAAAAGAAGAGAUUAACUGCUCAACUGAAAAAAACUCUCUUUGCAAACAAAAUGUGAUUUGUAUUAAAAGAUACCAUACAUCUCUAGCUUGACCAAUCAAGAUAAAAGCACUGCUUUAAAAAGAUAAUGUAUAAAAUAUAUAAAGGAUUGGGAAAAGUUAUAUGUUAUAUAAUUUCACACAUUUUAAUCUCUAAAAUUUAUGGUUUGUGCCAUAAAAGUGUAACAGCCAUAAUUAGUGCGAUUUUGUCUUGGUUAUCUCAGGCU